UUCACGCCAGCACAUUUCACAAGGCAGCCGUUCCCAACGUUGAAAGUUCAGCUUGUGCAAAAAUGACCAAGGUGUCGGGGACGAAGGCAAGGGACGAGGGCGAGCCAGCCACCAAGCGCGAACGCAAGGAUAUGCAUUUGCACAAGAAGGAUCGCAGGGAGCGCAAGGAGCGCAAGGACCGCAGGGACUACAGGGACUACAGGGAUCGCAAGGAGCGCAAGGAGCCAGCCGGAGGCACCUCCUCCAGGGUGAGGGACGUCUCGCCAAUUCCCUCGGACGCUUCGGAGAGCACCGAGGGAGACAGCAGCGACUCCAGCUACUCUGACUCGAGCUACAGCUCCACCGGAUCGUCCAGCGGCUCAAGCUUCUCGAGCUCCUCCAGCAGCAGCUCCUCGUCCAGCGACAGCGAGGCAGCGCCAGAAGGCACCAUCAAGAAGUUUGAGCGCCCCAAGCACUCGUGCUGCCAUCGCCGACACCAUCGUCGCCAUCGGCGCCACAACAAACCCCGUCAUUCGCACCGUCGCCGGCACGUCAUGCGGCGCCACCACGCGAACAACUCGAAUCACUCGACUCACGGGCGCUCCUCCAAGCGUUUGGCUAAAAAGAGUCGUCGCGGCAUAUCCGCCACCAAGGGAGCUAUCACUGUUAAGGAGGAGGUUGUCGCAGCAAUUCCUCCUGCCCCGGCUCCCGGGGUCAUUCAGAUACCGGCCCCUAUUCCGCUGCCUGUGCCGGCACCCAUUCCGGCUGUCCUGUCUGUUCCGGAGUCGCUCCCGCACCCGAACCCGCAUUCCCAUUCCCAAUCCCAUUCCCAUUCCCAAUCCCAUUCCCAUUCCCACUCCCGUUCUCAUUCAAAUUCCCAUUCACAGUCCCAACUACAUGGUCAUUCCAACUCCCAUAACAAUCCCCAUCCGCAACCCGUUCCGGCACCUGUUCCGGUUCCAAUCACUGCUCCGAUCGCCAUGCCAACUCCGAUGAGGGACCCAACCGGCGUGGUAUUGGACCGCAAGUCCCGCAUGCGCAGCUCCACCUCGCAGACCAUCGCCGCGGCCUCCAGCAGUUCCAGCGGCAGCAACCAGGCCAUCAUCCAGGCCACCAGUAGCACCAUAACCAUCACCAAGACGAUUGCCAACGCCACCGCCAUGGCCGAAAGCCACUCCAGUGGCACCGCCGGCGCCAGCCUGUCCAGCUCCAAACAUAAGGGUGGCAGCAGCACCAGCCAAUCUGCAAAGGCGGUGGUCACCCAUCUCUCGGGCAGCAAGGUGGUCUACCCAGCCCCCAAGACCCCACUGGCAGGCACCUCCUCGAAGGCGGUGGUCAGGUCUAACCCCAGCGCCAGUUCGAGCCACGGCAGCCACGCGAACCACGCCAACCACGCCAGUUCCAGCUCGAGUUUCGCCCAGGUGCACUCCAGUACCAGGCCCUCGGCAGCCAAAGAGCACAGGAAGAGCCCGCAGCAGGAUCGUUCGGACAGCUCUGGCUCCAAGGGCAAGUCGUCAACCAAGGAUCGACCACGUCGAGGUUCUUCCCCGACCACUGGUCCAGAACCUAGUCGCCAAAAACACAGCGGUCAGGGCCAAAACGGCCAAUGGAACCAUCGGCGUGAAGGAGGCGAUGGAGGAGGAGCAGGAGGAGGAGGAGGAGGAGGCGAAGCAAGAGGACGGGGCCACAGAGCCGUGGGCGAGGGCAACAAAACGGCCUACAGAAACGGAAAGGACGCCUUCAGAUUCCGCCAACCCGUGCGUAAUGUGCGCCUGCACAUCAAGGGACUGACGCGCCAGGUGACCAAGGAGCACAUCAGCGAGAUAUUUGGUCACUUCGGAGCCCUCACGGCAGUCGACUUUCCGAUGGACCGCUUCCAAGGACGCCAGGGACGAGGAUACGCCUUCGUGGAGUACUCUCGCCCAGAGGACUGCGCCUGUGCCAUCAAGCACAUGAACGGCGGCCAGAUCGACGGCAAGCGGAUCAGGGUGUCCGCCUUCCAGGAGAGCAUGCUGAAGGCGCCGUGGCGCCAAUACCGCCGUUACUCGCCGGUCACCCGGCGCCAGAACCAGCGCACCAUGUCCCGCUCGCGCUCGUUGUCCCGCUCCCGCUCCCGCUCGCCGUCCCGCUCGGGGUCCGGCUCGCGGUCCGGGACGCGCUCCUUCCACUCCCGCUUCCGCUCGAAGUCGGGAUCGCGCUACAACCGGCGCAACCGCUCGCGCUCCUACACCCGCUCCCGCUCCCGCUCGCGCUCGUCGCCGCGCUACGGGCACUACCACCGCCCCGAUUCGCGUUCGCCAUAGGCAGGCGGACCUGUCGCACGUUGCAGUGGGCGCAGCUUGAGCGAGACAGGACUUUCAGGAAUCAGGAUGCCACUUUUGGUCUUUGCAUUUAAACUUUAAUACAAAUGGAGAUUUGCUAGAACAAAGUGCGGUUGUAUACUCACUUUGGUGGUGAACAAUUUCAGGCUAAUUUAA